UUAGACCAUAUUUGGAGCGUGGGGACGCAUUCAAAGUUUCGUAACACCAGCCAGAGAAUCGAUAAAACCUGUCUUUGUCGAGCUUUCUGUAACCAUAGCAUUGUAUUUCUCGUAAGAAUUCUGCACUCAAAAUCAAAUAAAGAUGGCUGUGGAUAUUGCAUCUAUCGACACCCCUGUCCUGGUGGGCGUUAGCCUCCUGGUUCUGGCUUUCCUGAUUGGUUGUUCUAGAGGGCGUGACACCUGGCUCUUCGUGGACUUCCUGGCUACCGCUGCGUUUGGUCUGGCCUGGUACUUCGUCCCUGAUGUCAUCUUGGGAUUCCAGAUCAAUGUCACACCAGACGGCACACAUCUUACUUACUCUCGAGCCUUUGCUGCCUGUAUGAUCGGUGAUGCUGUAACACGCUAUUUCUGCCGCUCAUCCAAGGAUGCUUCCACCCUCGUCUAUCUUCUCUUUUCACGUAUAGUUGGCUGUACAAUUCUGAUCGUUUCCAUGGUGUACAUUCAAUACUUUGGUGGAAAUACUUGGACUCAAAACCAUAUCUUCUUUGGCAUGGUUGGAAACAUGCUAUGGAUGAUGGGAAGUGUAAUCUACUACUACCAGUCCCGCUACUCCGGUGGCCACGCCCAGCUGGAAAGCCGCCUCAACAUGCACCUUCGCUUCGACGGAUUCCUGGUGCUGGUGAUCGGCCUUACGAUUUUUGGCUUCCCUGAUUUGUUCUUGAAAAUCCAGACCACCCUAGAGUCAUACGAUGGAGCUCAUCUUCACAUGGCAAGAUCAACCGGAGCUCUCCUGAUUGGCUCGUCUAUCUUGAGCUUCAUGGCUCCGGGAUUCCUCUUUGACUGGGACAAGAGGGCCAUCUUUGUCGGACGUAUUGUGAAACUAUUUCUGACCGUGCUGGCCGUUCUGUAUGCUGCCGCCAAGUACGAUGCCUGGGGAGGCAACCUCCAUCUCUACUUCCUCAUGGAAAGCAUUGUGGCAUUGAAUGCGUUGCUAGGUUACUACGCCCCUCAUGAGACGGAACGCUACAAGAGCAAUUAAGAGGAUGGUCAAAGAUUACAGUCUUUAAAGAGAAGGUUGAGUUCUGGGAAGAGGUGAAAAUAAUUUGAGAGCAUUUCCAUUGUUAUUGUGCAAGUGUGGAAGAACAUCACAGGAAAAAGUUCCCUGAAAUGCAUGGCUCUUCAAAUGCCUUCAUAUUCUGAAUAUGACAGGAAACAGCUUAAAAAUGUGGGCCCUUAUUUUUAUGCUACAUGUUUGUGUGGUCCCAUACACAUCUUUCUGUGUAUAAUGCUUGUUACUUUUACCAAGACUAGGCCAAAUUUAUAUAAAUUUGAUGAUUCCAGAACCUUGCAGUACACACCAUUACUUAUGUGCUACUUAUGUGAUCAAUUCCACACUGUUUCUUUCAUAAUGCAAUCGCUGGACCAGAACUCAACUUUAUCUUUAAUCACUAAGGUGGAUUAAAUGGAGCCUGAUUUAACUGGUAAGCAUAAUUCAAUCGGUCGUUGAGGCAUGUCUCUCGACAUAGCCACAAUGUUAUGUAGCUACGGCAGUUAAGUUGCAUGCGAUGCCAUGUGCAUCAGGUAGAGUUAGGGUAAAGGGUUAGGGUUGUGGCUGUUUUUGGAAAUGUGCCUUUACGACUGGUUAAAUAAUGCCUACCAAUUUUCACUUGGUUCACUGAUUUACAAAGCGCCAUGUGUCAUCUUCUCUUUGCUGUUAACAUUGUGGACAUUCUGUAACAAAAUGAAGAAAAAAUAGUCAUGAAUUGGACAUUGAAUUCAUGCUGACAAGAUUUUUGUUUAUUCAUUUAGUUAAAUAACCAUGGCGAUUUUAAUAAUGGGACAAAGAGGUUGACUUAUAGCACUCUGUAAUUCGGUAGACUCUCUCUACUCACUAACAUGGGAUUGAAACCCCCUGCCACAGACGAGAAUCUCCAGCCAUUUUGGUUCUCCUGAUAAAAACAUGAGAACUUUAUACAAAUGACACAAUCUUUGAGUGGUAUAAAGUACAUCCGGUGUCUUUUAACAUCAAAUUGUUAAUUCAUUUUCACUGUUUCUUGUUGACUUUUUUUCCGUGGAAAUUCAUCAAAAAUUAUUUUCAAAAAGAAUAUCUGAAGUGAGUCUGGGAAAGGAGACUAUAUAUGAAAAUGCACAACCUCCUUGCGUACCGGAAGAAGUGAUGCAGUUGGAGAUUCUCGCCUGUGACACUGGAAUAAAGCUAGUAUGCUUUUAUGAAUACUGUCCAAUGUGCUUGCAACGGUCAGAAAUAAGCAUUCCACAGCUUGGAUGUCUUCACCUGUACAACAUUAUAAAGUCAGGGAACUAAUAUUGAAAUAUAUAUUACAAGACUGUCUAGUUUCAUACAGAUAUGUUUUUGACUGUCCUUGAGUGAAUAUCAAGUACAGCCGGACCUCAUUCUGACGGAACACCGUUUUUACAAACUCUCUUUAUAUGAAGGUAAUUUCACUGAUCACAUUCCUUUGUAUUCCAUUGGCUUUAUUACCUCAAAGAUAACAAUCUUUCAGUAUAAGAAUAUUUCUUUGGUUUUAGGAGUUUCUUACAACGAGGUACUGCUGUAUACAAACAGAUUGUUUGUUGAUGAUCUCAAUUGUUAGCAGAGUUGUUAAAGAACCAAAUCGCGUCUGACAGGUAUGACAUAAAGGCUUUAUAGGUUUGCAGACAGUCAAUAAUAAGGUUGUAUAACUGUUGUAUGGAAUCAAUUGAAUCGAAGAGUCGAAUGUUACCAAAUGUCACAGUCUGCACCUCAAAGAGGGGCUAUUUGCAUUGAUGAG